UUAAUUUCAAUCACAUCACAAACAUAACACCCUUUCAUUUCUAAUACAAUCAUUCAAGACGUCUUCUUUGAGCCGUUUUAUUACUCUUAAAUCAGUCUGAUCUUUGAAAUUUUAGGGUUUUCUUCUGGCUCGAGCGAAUUCUAAUCAAAUUAUAUAUUGUAAUAUAUAAUCGUUUUAAGUGCAACAAAAAACACAUAUUUAUACAUUUAGAUGGACCGAGUAUCGAAAUUGGCGUCGCAAAAGGCGGUGGUGAUUUUUAGCAAGAGUUCAUGUGGGAUGAGCCAUGCAAUUAAGAGGCUAUUCUAUGAGCAAGGGGUUGGUCCAGCAAUCUAUGAGCUUGAUGAAGAUAAAAGAGGGAAGGAAAUGGAAUGGGCUCUCAUAAGGUUAGGAUGUAACCCUAGUGUUCCGGCAGUGUUCAUUGGUGGCAAGUUUGUUGGUUCAGCCAAUAUAGUCAUGACCCUUCAUCUCAAUGGCUCACUCAAGAAAAUGCUUAGAGAUGCUGGUGCUCUUUGGCUUUAGGCAAAUACAUAUCAUGGAAGCUCAUAUUCUAGUGCAAAUGCAAACAUCCAAAAAUGGUUUUGUUUUUAUAAUAUCAUAAUUAACCAAGUCCUCUUUUUUGUGAGACCUUGAGGCUUUAACAAUAUGCAUUGUAUUAGAAUAAUCUUGGUUACUUCCAAUAUAAUUUUGAGUUAUAUAACUUUCUCUUUGAAGUAUUUACAACUACUCUAUGUCUCUAAUUAUAAGUUUCCAAUGUGAAUCUCAUCUUAAGGUGAAGGUUUAUGAUUUAAGAGAGAGAAAAUAAAAUAGGGUUUAAACUAUGAUUUGAAGAUUCUUAGUUACGUAUCCAUGCAUGCCCCAUUAAUUUUGGAAUAACAUUUAGAUAAAUUCUAUGGGGGAGGUGCAUAGCAACAACAAGGUAGAUGACAUAUGCAUGUUGGAGUCUCUAUCAUUGCGAAAUUAAGUUGGAUAU